AUGUCCUCACCACCGCCCCCGUCCGGUAACCCGCUCAAACGCCCCUCCCUCUCUUCAUCCGCUUCCCAACCAUUGAUCGUCAGCUCCAAACGCCCACGCAUGCACCCUCUCCGACAGACCUCCUUCCCAACCAGCAUCGAUGCAGACUCGCGUGCCUUCAGCGCGGCCAGUGAUGCCGGGAGCGUCACGGGCAGCUUCACCGGUAGUCUGGGGGGUGCCAGUGCCGACGGGGUGUUCGCGUCGAAAAGCAAGAAACGUGGUCGCAAGAGCAAGGCGGAAAAGGAGCGUGAGAGAGAAGAUGCCAUGAGUGCGCGCGGAGGCGCCGAGAGGUUCGGGUCGCUGGAUGCGGACGGACACUCUGUACGAGGAAGUGGUGCAGGGGGAGGUACUGGAGGUGCAGGGGGGGAUGACGUCGAUGACGAUGAGGAUUUUGACGACGAGGGUGAGCUGUUACGGAGGGAGGAAGGGACUACCGAUACGGAGGCGGAGAAGAAGAAUCUAGCGUUACUGGUGGAUGCAUUCAAUCCAUUACAAUCCGAACGGUAUGAUCUGUUCAAACGAGCCAAGCUGAGGAAGGAGACGCUACGACGGAUCGUCAAUCACGCCCUAUCGCAAUCGGUCCCGGCCAGUGUGGUCACGACGAUCAAUGGAUUUACCAAGGUUUUCGCAGGCGAAAUCAUCGAGAAGGCUCGGACGGUCCAGGCUGAGUGGGCAGAUGCCCAUGACCAGGCAGCCCUGGCAGCUUUUGAGGCUGAGGAAGCGACCUCCUCCUCCUCGUCGUCCUCCUUCAGCACCGUGAGCAGUACUCCAGAUACUACCGGGCCAGCGCCUGUCAAAUACGAACUUCCUUCAGAGACUUGCGGGGCAUCACGACCCCCGAUGAUGAAGACGGAGGCGGAAGAGGGAUCACAACCACGACGAGAAUUCAAGCUUCCCCCCAACCCGCAUCGAGGCCAAUUGCUCCCUGCACACCUGCGAGAGGCGCUACGGCGGUAUAAGCGUGAUGGUGAAGGAGGAGGGGUAGGGUUCUCUGGUCUCAGUAUGGGCAAUCUAGAAGUUCGAGGGUCAGUGACGUGGAGCGCCGGUAGUGUCGGAGGCCGACGAAUAUUCCGAUAA